AUGGGAGCGUACAACGGAGAUUCAUGGAUUGAAAGGCCAGAUCUAUUUAUAAAAGUGAAAGAUGCAGCAGGACAAUUGAAGCACUGCUCAAUGAACGCGAUGGAUAUGUCGCCAUCCAGCGUAACGUACGAAUGCAAGUCCGCAUCUGAUCUCACUAACAUGUUGACACUAAAUGCACUGAAGUUCAUAAUCGAAGACGAGACGCCACUUAACGUCGCCAAGCCUGAACCAGUUGCAGGUUUCCGUCCUGUCAUUUGCUCAUCGCACACAGAUUCAUACAAGUGCUCAAAAGUGCUAACCACGUCAAUUUCCACUUCAUCCAGCCUCAGUAUUGGCACUGGAUUCACUUUGGCGGUAACAGUUGGAGCAUCUGUGGAACUUGAAGCCAAAUUUUUUGGUUCCGGAACCAAAACAAAAUUUUCAACCGAAAUAUCAGCUUCAACAUCUUUCAACGUGGAAUCUAGUAGAUCAAAUACACAUACUACAAUGGACAGGACGGACGUUUCAGUUCAAGUGCCAGCAAACACCGAAGUUACGAUCAAUCUUCUGCGAACUGUUCAGAACUUGGUAUACAAAUGGAAAGCGGAUUUUCAGAUGUUGGGAAAGUAUUCUCUGAAAUGGAAAAAUGAGCAGGAAUUCUUCCAAGAUGUGACGACGGUGCUAACCGGACCAAAGAGGGAAAUAUAUGCGUUUGGAAGUUGGAAUUAUCCGGACACCGACGUUCUCAGGGUGGUAAUCACUGACAAGUAUGGAAAUGAGAUGCGUUCGGGAUGUGAGCAUAACGUUGGUGAUACAGUAACAGAUUGUGAGCCAUAA